CCCCUCUCGGAUAGGGUGUCACUGACUUCCGGUGAGUCCCAAACAGACCCGGGCGGUGUUUUGACAGCGCUGCUGCUGUGAAACAGGGUUCUUUCAACCUGACAUCAUGUCUGCACGGGUGGGCUUUGUGCUGCUGCUUUUCACGGUGAUUCUGCGACUCGGAGACUCCAGGUUUAUUCUGGACCCUGCGUCUCUCAUUAGCCAGGGAUUUCAGCCAUUGGAUCAAUGUGCAGAAUGCAGCCAGAUCAUAGGCAUGUCAGCCAACAUGAUUUCAAGCAGUGAUGCUAAAAUGACUGUGUAUGAGGCCCUGCAUGCUGCCUGUCUGCGCCUGCCCAAACAACAGGCAUUACAGUGUCAUUCUCAGGUGAAAACAUACCUACCUAAAGUCUUGCAGCAAACGCCCAGUCACCUGAAACCAAGAGAGACUUGCGUGGUUUUUGGGCUUUGCGCUCCUCAAAAAGACGAGGAACCUCCUCAAAGUGUUGACGCUGAAGGUUUAUCCGACUCUGCACCGGUUUCUGCCACUGAAACCCAAAAAAUUUCUGGUCCGGUUUGUGCCUUGUGUUUGAUGGUGAUCAAAAAGCUGGAGAACAUGUUGCCCAAAAACAUGACCGAGGAUGUCGUUCUGAAGCUCAUGGGAGAAGUCUGCGAUCUUGUACCUGCGAGCUAUAAACAGCAAUGUGAUGAUUUUGUAGACAAAUAUGGAGCAGAUAUUGUGGAAUUCCUUUUGUCAUCUGCUGCACCUCACACCAUCUGUACGAUACUGCACCUCUGUUUGUUUAAAGAGCAGCCUGUUCCAGAGGUGCUUCUCCCCUCGGAUUGCGAGUCAUGCCGGACGUUAGCGGCGCUGCAUCGUGUCCACCUGGGUUUCAACGCCACUGAAGCACAGACAUCAGCUUUCCUGCAGUCCGUGUGCACCAUUCACCCAAACGCCGUCCCCAAGUGCGACGCCUUCACCAGAACCUAUGGGUCACAGCUGCAAAGGACUUUGGGGAACCAGAUGGAGGUUUCAGACGCUUGUGAAAGAGCCGAUCUGUGCCAAACCAUGAAGAAGCUGGACCUGCUGGGGAGUAAUCCGUGUACAUGGGGGCCAAGCUACUGGUGCCAAAACAUGGAGACUGCUCAGAAGUGUGGGAACCAAUUCUUCUGUGAGAAGUUCAUGUGGAAGAGUUAGAGCCCGGUUCCUCCAGGACUGCUGAUGCAUCAGGCAACAUUCCUCAAGUGUUUUCCACUGAUCGCUUUUGAAAUGUUUCAUAAAUGCACUGAUCACCUUUUUUUUUUUUUAAACCAAACGAAAAUGGUUUGCUUUAGAUGUUGUUUUAAUCAGAAUUGAUCUAGAAUUUUGCCUUUGCACGCCAAUCUGUCGCAAUUUUUAUUGUUAGUUGUUGUUUAGAUUGUUUUAACUUUGCCAUAAAUGUAAAAUCAAAAUAUCCAAAAUAUCAAAGUUCUGAUGCUGUAAAUGAGAGGAUGUAACAUUUGAAAACACAAAAAGUCAAAUAUCACGGAGAUGUUUUAUUUAGAAAACAGUUUUUUAAAGAUAAAAAUGUGGUCAAAAACUUAGAUGUACAUUUGCUUCAACGGGCUGCACAGAUUAUCAUAAUAUCUUGUUGCAACUUUCAUGCCAUGUAUUGUACACACUGUUCAAAUAAAUGUCCAGUUUGUUGGGAAGAGGAUUUCAAAGCCUCUGAUAAUAAAACCAAAUUAAUAA